AUGUCGUCUCAGGGAUCAGGAUCCACUUGGACACCUAAGCAAAACAAGGCCUUUGAAAGGGCCCUAGCUAUCUAUGACAAAGACACACCUGAUCGCUGGCACAAUGUAGCCAGAGCAGUUGGAGGGAAAACUGCUCAAGAGGUUAAGAAGCAUUAUGAAGACCUCUUGGAAGACAUCAAAAGCAUCGAGGCAGGUCAAGUGCCCUUUCCUAACUACAGAAAUACCGGUAACUGAGGAAAGCAAAGUCGAAUUUUGGAGCAAAAGGUUGAAAGAUCUACAGCUCUCAUGAAAAUUUAUCUUAAUGAAUAAAAAAAUUAUUUAAUCACUUGCUCCAGUACCUCCUAGUAAAUUAAUCAAUGCUACUGUUUUUUUAUUUAAGC